AUGAACAGUCCCUCCAAACGCCGGAAGAAGAAUGACGGCUCGGGGAAGCCGGUACGCAGCUUGGACUACUUCUUCGCAAAGCAAACAGCUAAAGCGACACCCAAAGAUGCGCCGACGAACACAGGCCCCAGCGAACCGCCUGUGGACCAAGACGAUAUAGGGAUGACUGAUGAAGAACUCGCGCGCAAACUCCAGGCGCAAUGGGAUAAGGAGGACCAACAACAGGGGUCAACUCAGGAGCCGGCGGAGCCGGUGAACUCGAAUGAGCUGUACGAGGAGCCCGAAAAGGUCACUGUAAACACGGCGCAAGACACAGAAGAAUGGGAUGGAAUCUCGGAGCUGCCAACACGUGAAGUUACUGUAGGGAAUACGAAGCCUGCAGAACCUACCCAGAAGAAGAAUACGCUAUCCCUCCAAUCGACCGCCUCGGAAGAAGACAUGAUAACAGCAAACAUACCCUUCGAUGAAAGCCCUCUCGAAUAUGAACCCGCAAAAUAUAUACCAGAGUUGCAAAAACAUUGGGUGACCGACGGAGGGCAUGCGACAUACGCGUUAUUGACACGAUGUUUCAUUCUGGUCAACAGCACAACAAGUCGCAUCAAGAUCGUUGACACUCUCGUCAACCUUAUCCGGACAGUUAUCGAAAGCGAUCCUAGCAGCCUGCUUCCAGCCGUCUGGCUCGCGACGAACGCGAUAUCGCCCCCAUACAUCGAUCUGGAGCUCGGAUUGGGAGGCUCAGCAAUUUCGAAAGCGCUUAAGAAGGUCUGUGGACUGGACAAUGCAGGAUUGAAAGUGCUGAACGCUAAAUAUGGGGAUGCUGGAGAUGUAGCUUUCGAGGCAAAGAAGAAGCAAAGCUUCACCCUGCGCAAACCGAAGCCUUUGACGAUCAGGAGUGUCUUCGAUUCGCUAGUCAAGAUCGCAAAUAGCAAGGGUCAUGGCAGUGUGGAGAAUAAGCAGAGAAUCGUCGAAAGGCUAGUGCAGGAUACGCGAGGUGCUGAAGAAAGUCGAUACAUCGUACGGACGCUCGUGCAGCAUUUGCGGAUUGGAGCUGUCAAGACUACGAUGCUUAUCGCUCUGUCCCGCGCGUUUAUGCUGUCAAAGCCUCCAGGUGCUCAGUUUGAGGUCCGUGAUCGAAAGGACAUGGCGAAGCUAAAGAAAGAAGAGCUCGCGGAGAUCUACAACAGGAAUGAGGAGAUCGUAAAGGCUUGUUUCGCUCGACGACCAAACUACAAUGAUCUUGUACCCGUACUACUGGAAAUCGGUGUUUGCGACGAACUACUCGUGCGCUGUGGGCUGUCACUACAUGUCCCUCUUAGACCCAUGCUGGGCAGUAUCACGCGCGACAUGGGCGAGAUGCUCACAAAACUGCAAGGACGAGACUUCGCCUGCGAGUAUAAGUACGAUGGACAAAGAGCACAAGUACAUUGCGAUGCUAAGGGCAAGGUUACGAUCUUCUCACGACAUCUGGAAGUGAUGACUGACAAGUAUCCGGAUCUGGUAGCGCUGGUUCCCAAGAUACGAGGCGAGGGCGUCUCAAGCUUCAUCCUUGAAGGCGAAGUUGUGGCUGUUGAUCGGGAGAGUGGAAACCUUAAAACCUUUCAAACACUUGCAAAUCGUGCAAGAAAAGACGUCAUUAUCGGCGCCGUGACCAUCGAUGUCUGUCUGUUUGCAUUCGACCUGAUGUAUCUGAACGGCGAGGAGCUGCUGAACCGGCCUUUUAGGGAACGGAGGUCUUUACUCAAAAGUCUGUUUGUUGAGAUACCGCACCAUUUCACUUGGGUCAAGAGUCUUGACGCCACAUCUGCCGACGUAGAAGCAGUCCAAGCCUUCUUCCAAAGCGCCUUGGACAUCAAAUGCGAAGGCAUAAUGGUCAAGAUUCUCGACAAUCUCCCCAAUCCCGACCUCCUCGCCGAAACCGACGAAGCCAUCGAAAAGACGCCCUCCCUCCCACCAACGCCGAAGAAGAAAAAGCCCACAAAAUCAAAAGCCAGAUCAAAGUCCACUGAUGGCGAAAAAGACGAACCAAAGACAUCCGGUCGCCGCAAAGCCCUUCUCUCAACAUACGAACCGGACAAACGUCUAGACAGCUGGCUUAAAGUGAAGAAGGACUACAGCACCACCUCCGAAACCCUCGACCUCAUUCCCAUCGCCGCCUUCAAUGGCUCUGGUCGAAAAGCAGCAUGGUGGUCGCCCAUCCUCCUCGCCAUCCGCAACGCAGAUACCGGGCAACUGGAAGCAGUCACAAAAUGCAUGUCCGGUUUCACCGACGCCUUCUACAAAGCCAAUCGCGCAAAGUACGAUCCAGACGACCCUGAUUGCACGAACGUGCUAGCCGGAAAACCGCAUUACGUGGAGUAUAAUGGCGGAGCGGGGACGCCAGUUGUUUGGUUCGAACCGCAAGAGGUCUGGGAGGUAGCUUUCGCGGAUCUCACGUUGAGUCCAACGUACACGGCUGCGAUUGGGUUGGUUAGUGAGGAGCGAGGGCUGAGUACAAGGUUUCCGAGGUUCUUAAAGGUUAGAGAAGACAAAGGAAUCGAUGAGGCGACGGAGGCAGAGGAGUUGGCUAGUCUUUACCGGAAACAGGAGGCCAAGGCGCCCAAGAGAGAUGAUGCUGUCAAGGAGGUUGGCGACGAAGAGGACUAA